AUGGCCCAGACUCGGUUGGCCUCGAAGGAUGUUGGUACUUUCUUGGGCUUCUUCUGCCGGCUGAGAUUCGAAGAGCUGGGCACGGUGGCGGCCCUGGAUGGCGCCGUUUGUUCUCUUGCCCUGCAUCUGAUGGGUAAGGAGCUGGCCGACGAUGCUCUCGUUGCUCGGAGUAGGACUGUUUAUGGGUGGUCUCUGGGUGCCCUCCAGGCGACAUUGAGGCAUCCUACAAGAUGGAAGUCGUCUGAGACGUUCUGUUCUGCCGUCAUGCUGUGUUUCUUUGAGCUGUUUGCUGGUACGACCGCCCCGGAUACCUGGUUACGACAUGCCCAAGGAAUCGCCACACUGAUGGAACAACGUGGUCCUGCAGCUCAUACGCAGGGCAACGACGCCGCCAUUCUGUUUUCUUUCCGAGGCAUCCUGAUCAUGAGCUCGCUGUUCUUCCCGACAAGCAGCAAAUGCUUCCUGGCCUGUCCAGAAUGGAGGGGAGCGCUCUGCAACAACGAGUGGGGGUCGAUUCUCAGUCCCGAUGCACCAGACUUCUCGAUGCAGGUAGUUAAUUCGUUUUUCCUGUGUCUGGCAGAUAUGCCAGAGGUAAUGUGGUGGGGUUAUCCCGUCCGCGAGGCUCUCAUGGCCGGCAGACAAGUCAGCCCACGACGAAUAAAGCAACUUGCCGAGCUCGUAGCCGAGAAGCGCGAGCGGUUUACCGAAUGGUACGAGGACUUCAAAAAGAUUGGUGUCGAACUGAAGGAAGCUCCGUCCCAGGAUUCGAAUUCGCCGUACCAGGUGAUCCUGGAACACCCGGUGGGAUGGCUUGGGUCGAUGCACAUGGGAUACUGGGCCAGCAUGUUGAUUCUGCAGGAGCUGCUGAUUCGAUGCCAGUGGCCGGUGGACUACCAAGAGUCCCAAAGAGAGCUCGUGCAGAACAUCCUACGGUCCAUCGAGUCGGUAGGAAGAGGCACCAUGGGACCUUUCCGCCUUGGCUACUCCAUAAGAAUAGUGUAUGAGUUUGCCAAUGCGGAAGCACAGCGGUGGAUCAUCACGCUGCUAGACAGGUUCUCCAAGAGAUAUGCGGCCACGGAUAAGGAGAACUAUCCGAGCCCACGUGUGGACGCGCAAGGAUACUCGUGAAGCCUUGGAUAGAGAGAGAGAGACCUGAGACCGUGAGCAGAUACGUUCUUUGUCUUUUCUUUUUCUUGUUACUGAGCAAGAAGACUUUGGGUUGCAGUGUGAAGCAGGAAGUAAUACACGUACUAUUACUGCUCCUACACACAUGUCGGUGUCCACUUUGGAUUGAAAGGAAAGGGGUGUAGAGAAACUGCCCUAGAGUGUUUUGGGUAUCAAUUUUCAAUGUGUCUUCUAGACCGCAGGAUGCAGGUACGGUCCAUUGGUAUUGAGAGACACUCGGGCUCACCGAUGGUCAUGGAGGUCAGCAUGGCCGAGUGACAGAGUGAUAGAUCAAAUUGAAAAAAACAUUGUGUUUUAUUUG